GUUUAGUGGCUGGCUCUUAACACUUUUCGGCAUUUGCUUUGCACGUGUUCCAAGAGACUGAAGAUAUCAGAUAUUUUUUGCAAAUUCGCUGAUUUCUUCAAUUAAAACAUAAUGGUGACACGAAAGAAACCAAUUAAACGGCGUGCGGAACCCGCAAUGCCGACAAAGGAGGAUGAAGAGGAGUCCAAAAGAGACGUGCCAAAGGAUUUGCUGGUGAUAGCUCAGGAGGUGAAAAUUGUACGCGCUUUGGCGUGCAAUGAUGUGACUAAAAGGAAUCGUCAAGUCCGCAAGCUACGCAAAUGGUUUAAACUGAGGGCCAACUCAUCAUUCUCCUUUACGGAAGACGAUUUUCUGCGUAUCUGGAAGGGUUUGUACUACAAUAUGUGGAUGUCGGAUAAACCACUGGUCCAGGAGGAUCUGGCCGAACAGCUGGCUCAAAUGGUGGAUAGCUUUGAUGGGAAUACCACGUGUAGUCUUGCCUAUUUCAGUGCAUUCAUGCGUGUCAUGUGCCAAGAAUGGUUUGGCAUUGAUCAAUGGCGGAUGGAUAAAUUUCUAAUGCUUGUCCGUCGCAUGUUACGAUAUUGCCUGAGAGUACUCAAACAAAGCAAAUGGUCCAAGGAUUUAAUUGACAUCUUUAAUAGGCAAAUGAAGGAAUCAGUUUUGGCCGAUCAGCCUAAAAGCCGUGGCAUGACAAUGCACUAUUUGGAUAUAUUCUUUGAGGAGCUGGCUAAGGCUGCAAAUGGAGAAAUAACCAGCAGCCAGGUCAAUCUAUUUCUACGCCCAUUUGUCACAUACAUGGGAACGCAGAGAGAUGUCAAGCUUGUUGCUCAGUGCCGGACGCGUGUACUUUAUCAUUUGCUAUAUCAAAGCGAGUUGGGUCGCGAAUAUAGUGAAAAGUACUCAGCUUGGAAAGAAAUGGGCUUUCCCACUGCCUCGAUAGAUGAUGUCGAAAAACUGGAUUCUGGUUUCGACGAGGAAAUGGAUGACGAAGAGGACGAAGAAAAGAAGUCAUCUCAACUAUCCCUUGAUCCUCGGGCUGGCAAUGUAGAUGUCCAGAUGCCAGAGCUACCCUUGAAUGCUGAUGCUGUAUUGGACGAGCUUCAAAAUCUAUUGCGUACACAGGACUAUAAUGCCAAACGGCGUAAGGGAUUACGGAAAAUUAUUCAAAUUUUUGAGACUUAUAAAUCUGGAGAAUUUCCCUUGGGUGUACGUGAAAUGCCCAAGCCAGAUGGUCAAACUUUAAGCGAAUUGAUAGAGCAAAAGGUUCACGAUGCUGACAAGGUGGAAGAGGAAGUCUUUGGAACUGGUAGAAAAUUAAAAAAAUUAAAUAAAGCCAAGCGUAAGCGAUUGCUGCAAUCGAUUAAUUUUGAUGAGGUUGACGAGGAUAAUUAUGAUGAAAUAAUUAAUCAGGCAUUACCAGCGGAACUUAAGAAGAAAGUCAAACGCAAUGCAAAAGCUAGAAAGAGUAUGCAAAAGUCAUGGCUGGUAGAAGAAGUAAAGGAAGACGAGCAACAGGAGCAAACAGAGCAGCAGGAAACGCAAAAGCAGCGGCAGGACGAGGAGCAGGAGGAUAAUCCACCUCCUAAAAAGAAAUCAAAGAAGGCUAAAACAACGCAAGUGCAGCAAAAAGAAGAGGAGUCCAAAUCAAAUGGCUGGGAGGAUCCUCUUCAAGCAGGCGAACAGGAAUUUUUUAUCCCAUCGCGUAAGGAACAAACCAAGGAAGCAAACACUAAAUUUCAGUUAUCCACACCUAAGCCUAAUAAAAGCACACUUCAAUUUGCUACUCCUCAACCACCUUCCGUCACUGGAUCGUCCUCAAAGAAACGUGUCCGCAUAAUGACCAAAUGUAAUAGCGCUUAUCCCAAAAGCGAUUAUUAUCGCCAAUUGAAAUUAUCACCACAAUUGCCCUAUGAUGCGGAUCGUGUGCCGGGCAAAAGUGCAUUAAAGCCACACGUUCUACCUGGGCCCAUACAUCCCAAUUAUAAAGGUGCUAAACGACUCUUCAAUGACACCCUGUGACGUUGUGUAAAAUGGUUAGGUUUGGUCGGAAGACAUGGCGACGACGAUGAGGACGAGGAGGACUAUAGUAAUGGAUAACUUUCAAUACUUUUGAAAUUAGAAUAAAGCUUUUAGAAAAGUUAUGAGUUAUAAGUAAUGGUCUUAUAAAGAAAACAACAAAAGUCUCAUAAUUGACGCUCCUUUUUUAGAACUUUAAUUUAAUUAACAGAUGAUAUUGAAAAAUACACUAUGUCUUAAGUUCUUAAAUAUCGUCUAGAAAAAUAAGUUUGAACAUUUCUGUUAAGUUAAGAGAGCAUAAAGUCGAAAAUAGGGGGAAAAACAAUUGAAUAUAAUGUAUAUUUAUAACUAUUUUCCAUAAUAUGAAGCAAUUUUUUCUUUUAUUUCGGUUUAUUUUUUGAGACUACCGUAUAAGACCUUUGCAGCAGUUCUAAUAAUUUAGUAGUUAAAAAUUAUGUUUCUUAAAAUAUAUAAAUAUAUAUAUACAUACAUACCUACAUAUAGAUAUUUUUGCUGUAAUUUUUCUGUUCAAGCUGAUAGUUUUCAAACAUUUUGAAAUAAACUACAACUAUGUAAUUUGCCAUACAGAA